AUGGAAGGCGAUGGCGGUCGCCGAGACGCCCCCGGCGCACUGAUGGAGGCCGGGCGCGGCGCGGGAUCCGCCGGCAUGGCGGAGCCGCGGGCGAGGGCGGCGCGGCUCGGGCACCAGCGCUUCCUGCGGCGCAGCGUGGUGGAGUCGGACCAGGAGGAGCCGCCGGGCCUGGAGGCUGCGGAGACGCCGAGCGCACAGCCCCCGCAGCCUCUGCAGCGUCGGGUGCUUCUGCUCUGCAAGACGCGCCGCCUCAUCGCGGAGCGCGCCCGGGGCCGCCCCGCCGCGCCCGCGCCUUCCGCGCCUGCAGCGCCGCUCGGUGCCCCGAGUGCACCCUCGGACCCUGGUCCGGAGCCCGCGGGCGCUCAGGAGCCCAGCCCGGAUCUCGCCACCGCCUCUGCCACCGCAACCGCAGCCGCGCGGGUCUCCGACGGCGGCCCGCAGCAGGAGGAGGCGGCGGCCGCGACCCAGGAGGACGCUGGAAUCACCGAGGCGAAGCCAGAGCCCGGGCGCGCACGCAAGGAUGAGCCCGAGGAGGAGGAGGACGACGAGGACGACCUCAAGGCUGUGGCCACCUCCUUGGACGGCCGCUUCCUCAAGUUCGACAUCGAGUUGGGCCGGGGCUCCUUCAAAACUGUCUACAAAGGGCUGGACACGGAGACCUGGGUGGAGGUGGCCUGGUGCGAACUGCAGGACCGGAAGCUUACCAAGCUGGAGCGGCAGCGGUUCAAAGAGGAGGCAGAAAUGCUGAAAGGCCUACAGCACCCCAACAUCGUGCGCUUCUACGACUUCUGGGAGUCCAGUGCCAAGGGCAAGCGAUGUAUUGUGCUGGUGACGGAGCUGAUGACCUCGGGGACACUGAAGACGUACCUGAAGCGGUUCAAGGUAAUGAAGCCCAAGGUGCUGCGCAGCUGGUGCCGGCAGAUCUUGAAAGGCCUGCUGUUCCUGCACACGAGGACCCCCCCAAUCAUCCACCGAGACCUCAAGUGCGACAACAUCUUCAUCACUGGGCCCACUGGCUCUGUGAAAAUUGGUGACUUGGGUCUGGCCACCCUUAAAAGAGCAUCAUUUGCCAAAAGUGUGAUAGGUACCCCCGAGUUCAUGGCACCCGAGAUGUAUGAGGAACACUACGACGAGUCGGUUGACGUCUACGCCUUCGGGAUGUGCAUGCUGGAGAUGGCAACCUCAGAGUACCCUUACUCGGAGUGUCAGAAUGCUGCCCAGAUCUACCGAAAGGUCACCUGUGGCAUCAAGCCCGCCAGCUUUGAGAAGGUGCACGAUCCUGAGAUCAAGGAGAUCAUUGGGGAGUGCAUCUGCAAGAACAAGGAGGAAAGGUACGAGAUCAAGGACCUGCUGAGCCACGCCUUCUUUGCGGAGGACACGGGUGUACGGGUGGAACUCGCAGAAGAAGACCAUGGCAGGAAGUCCACCAUAGCCCUGCGCCUCUGGGUAGAAGACCCCAAGAAACUGAAAGGCAAGCCCAAGGACAAUGGAGCCAUAGAGUUUACCUUUGACCUGGAGAAAGAGACACCAGAUGAAGUGGCCCAGGAAAUGAUUGAUUCUGGAUUCUUCCAUGAGAGUGACGUGAAAAUUGUGGCCAAGUCCAUUCGUGACCGUGUAGCACUGAUCCAGUGGCGGCGGGAGAGAAUCUGGCCUGCACUGCAGUCCCAGGAGCCAAAGGACUCCGGCAGCCCUGACAAGGCCAGGGGUCCACCACCAACACCCCUGCAAGUCCAAGUGACCUAUCAUGCGCAGAGUGGACAGCCUGGACCGCCAGAAUCCGAAGAGCCUGAGGCUGACCAGCAUCUCCUACCCCCAACCCUGCCAGCCAGUGCAACCUCCCUAGCCUCGGACAGCACCUUUGACAGUGGCCAGGGCUCUACUGUGUAUUCAGACUCUCAGAGCAGCCAGCAGAGCAUGGUGCUCAGCUCCCUUGUGGACACUGCUCCAGCGCCAGCCUCGUGUGUGUGCAGCCCCCCUGUGAGUGAAGGACCUGGCCUGACACACAACCUGCCUUCGCUAGGGGCCUUUCAGCAGCCUGCCGCCACGCCUGGCCUGUCAGUGGGGACUGUGCCGCCCCCUGUCCGCCCUCCACUCCUCCAGCAGCAUUUCCCAGAACCUUCCAUGAGCUUCACUCCUGUGCUGCCACCACCCAGCGCCCCUAUGCCCACAGGUCCAGGCCAGCCAGCACCCCCAGCCCAGAAGCCUCCUCCCAUCGCCCAACCGCCGACCAUACCUCAGGUCCUGGCCCCACAGCCCAUGGGGACUGUCCAGUCAGUACCCCCUCAUCUGCCUCCAUACCUGGCUCCAACCUCCCAGGUUGUGGCCCCUGCUCAGCUGAAGGCCCUCCAGAUGCCGCAGCCACCCUUGCAGCCCCUUGCUCAAGUCCCUGCACAGAUGCCUCCAAUGCCUGUGGUUCCCCCCAUCACUCCCUUGGCGGGACUUGAUGGCCUUCCUCAGGCCCUCACUGACUUGCCACCUGCAAACGUGGCCCCUGUGCCACCACCUCAGUAUUUCUCGCCUGCUGUGAUCUUGCCAAGCCUCACAGCACCCCUGCCCUCAUCUCCAGCCCUGCCUCUGCAGGCAGUCAAACUGCCCCAUCCCACUGGAGCACCCCUGGCUGUGCCCUGCCAGACCAUCGUGCCAAAUGCACCAGCUGCCAUCCCUCUGCUGGCUGUGGCCCCACAGGGCGUGGCUGCACUGUCCAUCCACCCAGCAGUGGCCCAGCUCCCAACCCAGCUCCCAACCCAGCUCCCAGCUCAGAUCCCAGCCCAGAUCCCAGCCCAGCUCCCGGCCCAGCCUGUGUACCCAGCAGCCUUUCCACAGAUGGCACCUGGAGAUAUCCCACCCUCCCCCCACCACACGGUGCAAAGCUUACGGGCCACCCCUCCACAGCUGGCCUCACCCGUGCCUCCUCAGCCGGUCCAGCCCAGUGUCGUCCACUUGCCUGAACAGGCUGCUCCAGCUGCUGCCUCAGGGACCCAGGUCCUGCUGGGCCACCCUCCUCCAUAUACUGUGGAUGUUGCUGCUCCGGUCUCUGCUGUGUCCCUGCCGCCUGCUGUCCUCUCCCCACCUCUGUCAGACACACUGCUGCCUGCUGCCCCUGAGCUCCUUCCCAAGCUCCCCAGCUCCCUAGCCCCCUCAGUGGCCACGGCUCCUCAGAGUGUGCCCACCCAGACUUCCACGCUCCUGCCACCAGCAAACCCACCUCUUCCCACGGGGCCUGCAAUUGCUGGGUCCACAAUCGCCAGCCCCUGCCCUGCUGUCCAACUGAUGGUGGAAACAGCCCAGGAGGAAAAGGCCUCACAAGACAAACCACCUGGCCUCCUACAGAGCUGUGAGAGCUUUGGAGGUUCCGAUGUUAUUUCUGGAAGGGAACCGAGUGACACCUGUGAAGGCACCUUUGGAGGAGGCAGACUGGAGGGCAGAGCUGCCCGGAAACACCACCGCAGGUCCACGCGUGCACGCUCCCGGCAGGAGAAGGCCAGCCGGCCCCGGCUCACUAUCCUGAAUGUAUGCAACACAGGGGACAAGAUGGUGGAGUGCCAGCUGGAAACACAUAACCACAAGAUGGUGACCUUCAAGUUUGACUUGGAUGGGGACGCUCCUGAUGAGAUUGCCACAUACAUGGUAGAACAUGACUUCAUCCUUCCCGCCGAGCGUGAGACAUUCAUCGAGCAGAUGAAAGACGUUAUGGACAAGGCAGAAGACAUGCUCAGUGAGGACACAGACGCUGACCACGGCUCUGACACAGGGACCAGCCCUCCACACCUGGGCACCUGUGGCAUGGCUACAAGGGAGGAGAAUGGACAGUCCCAAGCCAACGCUCCUGUGUACCAGCAGAACGUCCUGCACACAGGGAAAAGGUGGUUUAUCAUCUGUCCAGUGGCUGAGCACCCAGCUGCCGACACUUCUGAAUCUUCACCCCCACUUCCUCUAAGCUCCCUGCAGCCAGAAGCCAAUCAAGACCCAGCACCCUAUCCAGACCAGCUGUCCUUGAAGGACAAACCCAGCUGCCCAGCAGCGCAGCAGCUCCUGAGCCAGGUGGGCUCCAGCAAUCCUCCUGGUGCAGUGUCAGCACCCUUGGUCCCAUCGUCCCCUCCUGUGACUGUUGUAACCCCAGCAGCACCAGCCGCCAGCACCGUGCCAGAGCCAGCAGCAGGGACUGCCAUACAGGCAGGGAUUCCAGGGACUCCUCAGGGGCCAACCAGUGUACAGGAGACCUCCCAGCCACUGGUUGAGACUCACCACACCCAGGGUGCUGCCCAGCCCCUCAGCACUGGCCAAGGACCUUGCACCCCAGUUCCAGAGACCUCCCGUCACCCUUCAGGUCUAGGGGAGACCACCUCAGCCAGGGAGGCCAAUGCUCUAGGGGAGCCCCUGUCUACUUCAGUACCGGAGCCCAGCCCCCCCAGUGGGCCCCCACAGCCUGCCCUGGGUCAGCCACCACCCACGCUGCCCAUCAUGGUGGGGACCAUUAACCUGGUGACCCCCCAGCUCCCCAGCCCCCCUCUGGGGCCCACUGCUCCCCCACCACCAUCAGCCUUGGAGUCGGAUGGGGAAGGCCCACCCCCCAGGGUGGGCUUCGUGGACAACACCAUCAAGAGCCUGGACGAGAAACUGCGGACUCUGCUCUACCAGGAGCAUGUGCCCACUUCCUCGGCCUCGGCUGGGACCCCCAUGGAAGCUAGUGAUAGAGACUUCACCCUGGAGCCCCUGCGGGGAGACCUACCCUCAGCCCUGAGUGACAAGGCCCCAAGCCUUACCCAGCAGGCCCAGCCCUUGUUGGAAAAGUCAGAAACAGCCCCUGCAGGAUGGGCCCUGACACAGCAGGAACAGAGUGCAUCUUCACCAAUGACAGCAGAGUCAUCUUCCAGCAACACUCUGGGCUGUGACAGUGACGGAGGACAGGUGGCCUCAGACUCCCCCACACUGCCCAGUGUCCCCCAGGGUGCCCCUGUUUCCUCCAGCCUUGUGCACAUGGAGCCCAGAGAUCAGAACAGCAGUGUCCCCAGGGAUGCUUUGGUAGCCCCCAUGCAGAGCUGCCCAGGGACCUUUGCAGAGGAGGGCCCAGCCCAGAUGCGUGGCACUCGGAUCUCUGGGUCCCCUCAUAAGCGGCCAGAGCAGCAGGAGAGCAGCUCCCCAGCCAAAACUGUGGGCCGCUUCUCUGUAGUUAGUACACAGGAUGAGUGGACUCUGGCCUCCCCCCACAGCCUACGGUACUCCGCCCCGCCUGAUGUCUACCUAGAUGAGGUCCCCUCCAGCCCUGAUGUGAAGCUGGCAGUACGGCGGGUACAGACGGCCUCCUCCAUCGAGGUCGGUGUUGGCGAACCUGCCUCCAGUGACUCAGGGGACGAGUGCCCACGGAGGAGGCCCCAGGUGCAGAAGCAGUCCUCCCUACCUGGUAGCGGUGGUGUGGCAAGUGACUUGGUGAAGAAGGCCACUGCUUUCCUGCACAGGUCCUCGAGGGCCAGUUCACUGGGCCCUGAGACACCCAGCAGGGCAGGUGUAAAAGUCCCCACCAUCAGUGUCACCUCCUUCCACUCCCAGUCAUCCUACAUCAGCAGUGACAAUGACUCUGAGUUUGAGGAUGCGGACAUAAAGAAGGAGCUGCGCAGUCUUCGGGAGAAGCACCUGAAGGAAAUCUCUGAGCUGCAGAGCCAGCAGAAGCAAGAGAUUGAAGCCCUGUACCACCGCCUGGGCAAACCACUCCCUCCCAACAUUGGCUUCUUUCACACAGCGCCUCCUAGUGGUCGCCGGAGAAAAACCAGCAAGAGCAAGUUGAAGGCCGGCAAGUUGCUGAACCCCUUGGUGCAGCAGCUCAAAGUCGUGGCCUCUAGCACAGGUCAUUUGUCUGACUCCAGCAGAGGCCCUCCCACUAAGGACCCUGCCCACGCCAGCACGCCCCCGGGCACCAAGGCAGUUCAGACCCAGCAGCCUUGCUCCGUACGGGCCUCCCUGUCCACAGACAUCUGCUCCGGCUUAGCCAGUGAUGGAGGCGGAGCGCGUGGCCAAGGCUGGACGGUUUACCACCCAACGUCUGAGAGAGGGGCCUAUAAGUCUAGUAGCAAGCCUCGUGCUCGAUUCCUCAGUGGACCCGUAUCUGUGUCCAUCUGGUCAGCCCUGAAGCGUCUCUGCCUAGGCAAAGAACACAGCAGUAGGUCCUCCACCAGCAGCCUGGCCCCAGGCCCCGAGCCAGGUCCCCAGCCCACCCUGCACAUCCAGGCGCAGGUGAACAACAGCAACAACAAGAAAGGCACCUUCACGGACGAUCUUCACAAGCUGGUGGAUGAGUGGACAACCAAGACAGUGGGGGCGGCACAGCUGAAGCCCACACUCAACCAGCUGAAGCAGACACAGAAGUUGCAGGACAUGGAGGCUCCUGGCGAGGCGCUGGCUACAACUGUGCCUCGAGCAGGAGUGGGGACACCAUGUCUGGCCUCAUCACCUGGCCCUCUAUCCACUGCAGCCAUUCCUGGAGCCACCCUGGCCCUGCCUGUGCCCACACCAGGUAUUGUCCACUCCAGCCUCUCAGGCCCUCCCUACGCACUGCCUCUGGGUCAGUACAGAGGCCUACUUCCAGUUCCAGUGUCUUGGGGGCCCUGGGUAGCCCCAGGAAGCCCACGAGGGGCUUGGGGCAGCCAGAGUCCCACCCAGAUCCCUGUGCUACCAGUGUUCCUGCGGCCACCUACCAUCAGCACACCAGGCCCCCGGCUGCACAUCACAUAGCCCUCUGCCCUGACCCUGGCCAGAUGGAGCACUCUGAACAGCGUGGAAGAACCCAGUUGUGGUUUGGCCCCCUCAUGGCGCCUCCUCAUGGUUCCAGGGCACAGAACUCCAGCCUAGGGAAUGCAUGGGGGUGGCAAGUUGCUUCCCCUGCUGCCUCAGACUCCAUCACUCUUGAGUCCCUGCAAUCUACAUGGGUAGUCUCCCUUGAUUGAGGGUUAGAACCUUGUUGUACCCCUGCAGCAGCCCAGUGCCUUGAAUUCCAGCUUUUCUGUUUCCUGAUGGAAAGACAUGUUUUAAAUGGUCAUUGAGCAGCAAAGGUGGGUUUCAUUACAGUUGACUUGCGUGUUGCUGCCCCUACCGCGUUAAGUUACAGGGAUGAGAACAGGUUAUAAAUAUGAAGUCUGUGUCUAGUUUUAGUGUUCUGUUGCAAAUGCCGUUUUAAAGACAGAAGCAGAAGUUGGCACUAACAGUGUGAUCUGCAAAUGCCAGAUAAGCCCAGUUCAGCCCUUGGUAGGGUGAGGUGGCUCUACACAUCUUCAGUGGUUGAGAGCCACAGGGCCCAUCUGUGCAUUGUUCUCCCCUGAGCUCGUCAGCAGUCUUGUUGGGCUGUGUGGAGCCUCCCAGGAAACACUAAGCAGGCUGCCCUGGUGGCUAGCUGGCCAUGGUGAGCACCCCACAGAGAUAAGCAGCACCUUACAGCUCAGGGGUCCCCACUCAUUUUUUGCCUUUUCCAUGGGCCAUGCUCUGCCCAGUUCACCCUGUAAAUCCUUCUGGGGGCUAUCCUCAGGCCCACCUCCUGAGGGGAGCAGUGUUCCUGAAAGUUUCAAGGGGACGUGCCCUGGUUGCGGGCAGGGGGAGGGGUGAAUGUUCCCUGACUCCCCCCUCAACAGAUGUUUUGUGCCUCCCACUGGAGGAUAGACUGCCUGGGGGCACCCCCCCCCCGCUGUGAAUUGUA